AAUAAUACUAGUAUAUUCUGAAAUGGUGCUCCAAACAUAAUCACGACUGAGAAGAGCAUGUAUGACCAAUUCCACCAAUCAGCAUAAUCAACACCGUACACAGCAAUACUAGAGUUUAACCUUUACUUCCAUCGGAACCGGAACUGGAAUCGGAAUCGGAAUGCAACGGCAACGGCGGCAGACACACUUCUAAUAAUAAUUAUACUGAUUAUAAUAAGGUGGGAGAAAGAUUUGUUGAGAAGGGGACAACUCGCUCAUUCCUGCAACUCAGCUAGGCUGGCUAGCUUUGCAUCAGCAAUGUCACUGUCUUCAUUUCUUCUUAGAGACUAGAGUUUAUAGUAAUAGUAUUGAUACUAAUAAUAAUGGCUUCCCGAGCAAUCUUGGGGAGGAAGAGAAACCUCUUCAAUUUUCUUAAUCAACCUCAAUCGACAUGCCUGAUUCGUAGCUUUUCAAGUUUCAAGCGUGGGCAGCCACCCGAGCUGAGCGGCUCACGGGCAUCUGGAUGCGUUGCCAGUGUCGCUCAUCCACCUGGAAAUACAGACACUAAAUAUGGCGAAGGGCCUCCACCUUCUGACACUCCAGCUAUUUUAGGUUCUCUUAGGUACACCUCUGUUGGAUUUUCGAAUCUAACUCAUAAUACAACUGGGAGAGCGGAUUUUACUUCUUCCUUGGGAAUUAGGUGCUUUUUACAGUCUCUUCGGUUUUCCUCCACUGCCACAGCUGGUCAGCCUGAAGAGCAGGCUGCUUCUAAACAGAAGAAAGAAGCUUCACCAGAGGAGUGUGAUGAAGCUGUUGAAGAUUUGACUGAGGUUAAAGCCAAGGCAAAAGCUAAGCAGGUGCAAGAACCACAAAAGAGUUCUAAACCUAUCUUGCACAGAAUGUGGGCUAUGCUUCUGGGUAUUGGUCCUGCUUUGAGAGCUGUUGCUUCAAUGAGCAGGGAGGACUGGGCUAAGAAGCUGCGUCAUUGGAAGGAUGAGUUUAAGUCCAUGAUGCAACACUAUUGGCUGGGCACAAAAUUACUAUGGGCUGAUGUUAGAAUAAGCUCAAGGCUACUGGUGAAACUUGCCGGUGGAAAGGGUCUUUCUAGAAGGGAAAGGAGACAACUUACGCGCACCACUGCUGAUAUAUUUAGGCUAGUUCCUUUUGCUGUUUUCAUCAUAGUUCCAUUUAUGGAGUUUUUACUUCCCGUGUUUCUGAAACUAUUCCCGAACAUGUUGCCGUCGACCUUCCAGGACAAGAUGAAAGAACAGGAAGCACUGAAAAGGAAGCUAAAUGCGAGAAUAGAAUAUGCCAAGUUUCUUCAAGAAACUGUCAAGGAAAUGGCAAAAGAAGUCCAGAAUUCACGGAGUGGAGAAACCAAGCAAACCGCUGAAGAUCUUGAUGAAUUUAUGAACAAGGCUAGAACAGGUGCACGCGUCUCUAAUGAAGAAAUUUUAGGCUUUGCCAAGUUAUUUAACGAUGAGCUAACUUUGGAUAACAUCAGCAGGCCUCGAUUAGUAAACAUGUGCAAAUAUAUGGGUAUAAGUCCAUAUGGAACAGAUGCAUAUCUGCGUUAUAUGCUGCGGAGGAGACUGCAAGAGAUUAAGAAUGACGAUAAGAUGAUACAAGCUGAGGGUGUGGAGUCCCUUUCAGAAGGUGAGCUUCGUCAAGCUUGUAGAGAGCGAGGAUUACUUGGAUUACUUUCUGUGGAGGAAAUGCGGCAACAGCUGCGUGAUUGGCUGGAUUUGUCUCUAAAUCAUUCUGUUCCAUCUUCCCUGUUGAUUCUGUCUAGAGCCUUCUCUGUUUCUGGAAAAGUUAAGCCAGAAGAAGCUGUUCAGGCGACUCUCUCAUCUCUUCCAGAUGAAGUUGUGGAUACUGUUCAAGUCACAUCCCUGCCAUCUGAAGAUUCCGUUUCAGAAAGGAGAAGAAAAUUGGAGUUCUUAGAAAUGGAGGAAGAGUUAAUCAAGGAGGAGGAAGAGGAAGAAGAAGAGGAGCAGGCCAAGAUGAAGGGAUCUGUUGUUAGCCAAGAGGAUGUGGCUUUGAAAGAAAUGACUGUUCCAACAGCUAGAGAAGCAAGCGAACAAGCAAGAGCAAAAACAUUGGAGAAGCAUGAGCACCUUUGUGAGCUAAGUCGUGCGUUAGCUGUUCUAGCUUCUGCAUCUUCUGUUAGCAGAGAGCGUGAAGAAUUCUUGAAACUUGUUAAGAAGGAGAUUGACCUGUACAAUAAUAUGGUGGACAAAGAAGGGACAGAAGACGAGGAAGAAGCCAAGAAGGCAUACAGAGCUUCCAGAGAGGAGAGUGACCAAGCUGCUGAAACUCCCGUAGCUGAUAAGGUUUCUUCGGCACUGAUUAACAGGGUUGAUGCUAUGCUUCAAAAGCUUGAAAAAGAAAUUGACGAUGUGGAUGCCAAAAUUGGAGAUCGGUGGCGCUUGCUUGAUAGGGAUUAUGAUGGAAAAGUGUCUCCUGAAGAGGUUGCAUCUGCUGCUAUGUACCUGAAAGACCAUUUAGAUAGGGAUGGUAUCCAAGAACUUAUCAGCAGUCUCUCCAAAGAUAGAGAAGGGAAAAUUCUGGUGGAAGAUAUUGUGAAAUUAGGCAGUCUAAUGGAAGAAGACGAUGAUAGAGCUGACGAAGGAAAAGCUUAGAGAGCAACUCGCUGAGUUGGUAAUUAUAUAAAAAAAAUAACUCGCUGAGUUGGUAAUGUAGUAUUUCCCAUUCUUGCUUUGAACUGGGAUUUUUAAAGAUGUUGAAAGCAAGGAGGGAAAAAAAAAAAAAAAACAAAGUGCGCAAAAUUGCGAUAUUAGCACUCACACACUGAGUCGACUCAUUGUUAAUAUAGGGAUGGUUUUUUGAGAGUAAAAUUGUGCUGCAAGAUUGUAAUGUCAUAUUUAGUGAAAGAAAAUCAUAUGGUAAUAAGAGAUCUUAAUUGAUUGGAUAAAUAAAAACAUAUACUUGCUGCUGCCCCUCAAUAAUAA